CUAAUGUAAUUGCCGACGGGGGUGGGCCAGCCUAGCAAUUGGCCGAGGUCCAUUAUUUUACGGGCGCUCUUUUAAACUCGGCCUCCCGAUUUUCGCAUCACCGGAGUGACGACGUUAGGACGGCUUCAUUGUCCUGUGCAGAUCCGGGGUCUUAACAUCUUUUUGUUGUCUCUUUUAUAACUACUACCCCAUAGCGGUCUGGUUUUACUCUCUACCGAAAUGUGUACAUAUAUUCGAAUUCGAAUUGUGUCUCGUGUUCCAUGGUGCGGUAGCAACUAAAACUAAAGAGCAUCCAAGUGCCUUUUAACCAUACAUACAUACGGCUUUAUCCGCGCGUGCAGUUAGACUUAUUUCCGGCUUUCGACUUAUAAAUCUCGAUUUAGUUUUUGCUUCAAAAGCGCCGGUGUCAUCAACUAGAAAUAUCUCCAGAGGAGGACAAACCCCCAAUUAAAGCAGACGUACUCCAUUGAACUGUAGGAAAUAUUGACUGGCUGCGAUGGCUGUGCAGUCAAAGCCCGCCCCGUUACCUCCAUGGGGUUUCGCUGUAGCUGGCGCUACGGGAGCAGUCCUAGCUAAUGCUCUUGUAUAUCCGUUGGAUAUAGUUAAGACACGUUUACAGGUCCAGGUCAAGCGAAAGCCUGGAGAUACGAGCGAGCACACCGACCCUCAUUACACAUCGACGUGGGAUGCUAUCACCAAGAUUGCUGCGGAGGACGGUGUUAAAGGAUUAUAUGCGGGUAUAAACGGUGCCCUGUUGGGAGUCGCGUCUACCAAUUUUGCCUAUUUCUAUUGGUAUUCGAUCAUACGAGACCUUUACUUCAAAUCGCAGAAGACUCCGGCGCCACCGUCCACGGCCGUCGAAUUGGCAUUAGGUGCUGUAGCUGGUGCUGUAGCUCAAUUAUUUACGAUCCCGGUGGCUGUGGUCACGACGAGACAGCAAACACAGAGCAAGGCGGAUAGGAAAGGCCUUUUAGAUACGGCUCGCGAGGUUAUCGAAAGCGAGGAUGGCUUUUUCGGUCUUUGGAGGGGGUUGAAAGCUAGCUUGGUGCUGGUAGUCAAUCCUGCCAUCACGUAUGGCGCAUAUGAGCGAUUGAAGGGCAUAUUUUUCCCUGGGAAGGUCCGCUUGACUGCCGGGGAGGCUUUCCUCCUUGGUGCUAUGUCAAAAGCACUGGCUACUAUCGUUACACAGCCUCUAAUAGUCGCGAAAGUUGGCCUACAGUCAAAGCCGCCGCCGCAACGCCAAGGAAAACCAUUUAAGGGCUUUAUCGAAGUGAUGCAGUUUAUUAUCAAACAUGAAGGUCUACUAAGCCUUUUCAAGGGCAUUGGGCCGCAAAUCGUAAAAGGAUUAUUGGUACAAGGAAUACUUAUGAUGACAAAGGAGCGAAUGGAAUUUCUAUUUAUCCUCCUGUUUAGAUACAUUCGCAAGAUUCGGUCAGAACAUCUCGCCAAAGCAGCUGAGUUGGCGGCAGCUACUGCCUCCAAAGCGAAGCUUCCCGUUCCUAUUACAGCUAAGUAGGCGAGUCCCCUAUAGACAGCUAAUUAGAGGUGAGAGGAAAUAUAUAUACGCAAGUAUAUACUACUCAGACUAAGUGUGACGCAUUUGUAUAAAGUCUAUUAUGUGUUAGGAGUACAGGCAGACUGGGCGCAAGUAUACGAAUGUCUUUGAGGGAUAUGUUGGAAUCAUAGUUUUGGUCGAUAGCUUCAAAUUCUUAGAGAAAUAUCAUAAUCGAAUGGAACAAA